AUGUCGCGGACAGAAGUCCAACAAGCUGAUUCUAUACACGAGGAGGACCCUCACAACGAACCUCAGAAGAAGCAGAAGAGCAGACGCCCCGCAAACACCGCGUUUCGGCAGCAGCGGCUGAAGGCAUGGCAGCCUAUUUUGACACCUAAGACUGUCCUCCCCCUCCUCUUCGCCGUCGGCAUCAUCUUUGCCCCUAUCGGCGGUCUCCUUCUGUGGGCGAGCGCCAGCGUUCAAGAACUGAGGAUUGAUUAUACCGACUGCAUUUCGACCGCAGGCUCCAACGACUUCACUCAGAUUCCCGAGUCCAAAGUCCAUUCGUCCUUCAAAACCUCAAAUAACACAGCGAGACCUGAAUGGAAGAGAUCCACAAGGACGACCACCCCGCCGUGGAGCGUCCCGAUCGAGGACACCCCUGUUUGUACGCUUCAAUUCUCUAUCCCCAACGACAUUGGUCCUCCGGUUUACCUGUACUAUCGCCUCACGAAUUUCUACCAAAACCAUCGGAGAUAUGUGAAGUCACUUGAUACAGACCAAUUGAAGGGAGAGGCUCUCAGCAAUCACACGAUCAGCAACAGCGCCUGUAAUCCGCUCAAAACUAACCACGAAGGCAAGGCCUACUACCCGUGCGGACUGAUCGCCAACUCCAUCUUCAACGACACCCUGAAUUCUCCCAAACUUGUGAAUGCGAGGGGAGGGAACCAGCCGGCACAACCGUACGUGAUGACGAACCGGAGCAUUGCCUGGAGCUCCGAUGCUUCACUGUACAAGAAGACAAAGUACACCAACGAACAAGUCGCGCCCCCCCCAAACUGGAUCAAACGGUAUCCAAACUAUACCGAUGAGCACCCGAUCCCCGAUUUGUCGCAAUAUGAAGAAUUCCAGGUCUGGAUGAGAACAGCUGGUCUGCCCACAUUCAGUAAAUUGGCUUUGCGCAAUGAUAAUGAAACCAUGACCGCGGGCAUCUACACGAUGGAGAUAUUUGACUUCUUCCCGGUCACCGUGUAUGACGGGACCAAGAGCAUCCUGAUCUCGACAAGAUCAGUGGUCGGCGGCAAGAACUCGUUCUUGGGUAUUGCAUACGUCGCUAUCGGCGGGCUAUGCAUUGUUCUGGGUGCCUUGUUCACUCUGGCCCAUUUGAUCAGACCGAGAAAACUCGGCGACCAUACGUACCUGUCCUGGAACAACGAUGCGCCGGCCACUGGAAUCCUUGCCACUGGUCGCGAUAUCCGACCUGGAGGGUCCUAA